UUCCGUCAAAGAAAUAGAUCAUAUUCUCAUACACCAUAAGCCAUGAUAUAAGCAUAAUCCAUAAGCCGAACACGCCAAACCAUAUCUCAUAUCCAAACAUAAAAGACGUCCAGAAAAUCAAAACCCAUCAAACAAAUACAUCCCAGCCAUGAACCCAACCACCCACCCCCAGUGACGAAUUCAAACCACAUCCCCCGGAUGCAUCAUCCCCUGCUGCUGCACCGGAUACACCACCGCCUCCGGCUUCUUCAUCAUCCCCUCUUUAUAUUCCUGUCCAUUCUGAGUCCUACUCUCCUGCCCCGGAAAAUACUGAUACGGCGGCACCCACUCUCCCCCACCCUGCUGCAGCUGUUGUUGUUGCAGCUGUUGCUGAUGCGGAUACAUGAACUGCUGCUGCUGAUACUGCUGUCGAUAAUACUGCGCGCGGGCUUUAUCUUCGCGCCGCUCGCGACGUUUUCCGUGCAAGUGGCGGAUGACGAGGAAGAUGCAGACGCCGACGAAGAUGAUGAAGAGGAUCGGGAUGAUGAUGAUUUUGCCGAUGAGUUUGCCGACGCCCAUUUUGAUUCCUUUGCCUUAGAUGGAAAUGAGAUGGGGGUGGUUGGAGUAGAGGUGGAGGUGGAGAAGGAUUGGAAAAAUGGAGGAUGGAGGGUUGGUUGUCUUGUAGUGUGAUUUAGGUGUAGAUAUGUCUGAAUGUAGGUAGACAGGUAAAAGACAACGUUCGUAGAUAGUAGUAGGGUGUAGUAGGGUGUAGUAGGGUGUAGUAG